UGACGGGCGACCGAAGAUAAGAUACAAAUGCUCUGAUAAACAACAUCAAUCACCUUUUUGACACGACAGCAUUCCUUCUGUCUGCAUCAUUGCCUAUCUGAUCUGGUUCUUAGCAUGAAUUUCGUUCCUUCAAAUAGUCUUUGGCCAUCCAAUAACCUUUAGCUAUACCUAUUGAUAUCUGAACAUUAUCAUCGUUUGACAAGAUUUCUACAAGCCGUAGAAACAUCCUACAGUCUAAAACAUUGAUUCAAGAUCAUCUAGCCUCUCUACAUUUCUUGGUAUAGAAGUAAAACCAAAAGGCUCCGAGUCCAGUAAACUUCAGUAGUACAACAGGACACCAGACCGAACUACAAUAGCGAACGUCUCAGUCCACUCCAAAGCCUCAGGUAUCCCCCAUAGUCAGAAAAAGCACAAUGGCAGCCUCGGACCUCCCAAGCAUGAAAGAGCUAGACCUCAACGAAUACAAGACCUAUAAGCUUGGUAACUUCAAACUCAAAUCAGGAGGCGAGAUCCCAGAUGCAUUCAUUGCAUACAAGACCCUAGGAGACCCGUCUCUCCCAGCAAUCAUAUAUCCAACCUGGUACUCAGGCCUGAUCUCCGACAAUCUCUGGCUAAUCGGCUCUGAUAAAACCCUCAACCCCUCAAAAUACCACAUCAUCAUACCCGCUCUCUUCGGGAACUCUCAAUCCUCUUCCCCUUCCAACAAUCCCAUCCGCCCGUUCCCGGAAGUCCUCUUCUACGACAACGUGCGUGCCCAGCACCAACUCGUCACCGAGCACCUGGGGGUCUCGCACGCGCGCGCCGUGCUGGGAUGGUCCAUGGGCGCAGGCCAGACGUACCAGUGGGCGACGCAGUAUGCUGAUUUCAUGGACCUGGUGGUUCCGUUCUGCGGGAGCGCGAAGACGAGUCUGCAUAAUCAGGUGUUUCUUGAGGGAGUGAGGAGCGCGCUUUUUGCUGCGAAGGGGACGAGCUCGGGAGGGGUGGCGAAGAGGGAUAUGGAGCAGUUGAGCAAGGAUGGAAGUGGCGAGGGGAAGUAUGCUGGGUUUGAUGAGAAGGUCAAGGAGGUCGGGCUGAAGGCUCUUGGGAGGGUGUAUGCUGGGUGGGGAUUCAGUCAGGCCUUUUAUAGGGAGAGGUUGUAUGAGUCGGCAUUGGGGUAUAAGGAUCUUGAUGACUUUUUGAGUAACUUUUGGGAGAAGUGGGCGUUGAGUAAGGAUCCGGAGAAUAUGCUCGUCAUGGCUCACACGUGGCAGGCUGGGGAUUGCUCGGCGCAGGAACCAUACAACGGGGAUUUCAAGAAGGCGAUGCAGGGGAUCAAGGCAAAGGCUCUGGUUUUGCCAGCAAAGACAGAUCUGUAUUUUCCGCCGGAGGACUCAGAAAUCGAAGUGCAGAAUAUGAGGGAGGGGAUCGGCGAGUUGAAAGUAUUCCCAAGCAUCUGGGGACAUUGGGCCGGUGGACCUGGCGAUAAUCUCGAAGAUGUCAAAUGGCUCGAUGAUAACCUCAGGGAGUUCUUUGAAAAGAAUUAAUAAGUACAGAUGAGCGUAGCUUGAAUUCUGUUCGAUUUUCUCUUAACCAACGAGAAGUUAUCAAACAAAUGACUUUCACUUCAUAAUAUCU